AUGGCAGACUGGAAGGUACCAGUGAGCUUCAACCCAUCCUACCACGCUUUUGCCUAUGGUCUCGUGUACCAACCAGGGGCUGAGCAAAACCAUCCUAACUUCUCCAGCUGGACAGAGGCCACAUACAACUCUGGGGUCAGCGCCAGCUACUACUCGCAAGCGCAGCCACAGCAUCAAUCACCAUCCUGGAGUAACGAACUAAACAAUGCUGGCACGAGCAAUGGCCAAUACCCGGGUUCUGUGGUAUGUCUUAGUGACCCUCACAGCCAUACCCAGAGUGGCCGCCUCUUCAUUUCCAACAACCGGGUUCCGCAUGAUCCGCAAACGGUGACCGAGCGGCCAAGUAGCGACACCCAGAGCGACUCAGAGACCCACACCUCACCAGAGUCUUUGAGUUCAGUGAACGACCGAGAGGAGUACAAUCCGCAAGCCAACCAUACCACCUGGGUGAGAAAUGAGUUGGAGACAGCCAGUGGAAGCCCAAAUAGCAAUGAGCAUGUAUCCAGUUCGCAUCCAGAGGAGUUUCGAAGUCCACACGUUAUGGGGAGUGAGGACUGCACCCUGCGGUCAUUGCCCCCUUCUUCCCCAGAGAAAGUGGACAAGAAUAUCCCCAAACAAAAAGCUCGAACUGCUUUCUCAACAGGCCAAAUGGAUGCCCUUACUCAUAGGUUUAACAUGCAGAAGUACCUCACCCCUGCUGAGAUGAAGACCCUGGCUAGACUGACUGGGCUUACUUACAAACAGGUAAAAACAUGGUUCCAGAAUCGCAGGAUGAAACUGAAAAGGCACCAGAAAGAUGACAGCUGGGCAUCACCUGGCUACCCCAUCCCUGGCUACCCCAUUCCUGGCUACCCCAACAUGCCACAGCGCCCCCAGUUUCAGGGCAAACCCCAAGCACAGAUCCAGGACCACACCAUUGCUCAACAGCUUCGAGAGACCAUGUUAAGGAGUCCUCAACAUAACCUGCCUUACUAUGCUGUUGGGUAUCCUCGGCUAUCCUCUCCCCCCCUGCCCCCUGCAAGGCCCUCGGGCAUCUGGCCCCUGCCCCCAGCUGUGACCCACCAUGAGUACCCCAAUGGCUACAGCACGGUCAGUGCAAACCACUAUACUAGCAUCAACAGUGAUGACUGGAAAGGCAUGAGCCCCAUGCACAAGUCUAGCCAAUAA